UAUGUGCUUUGUUACUUCCCUUUAUUGUGCAACACUGCACUUCUCCUGUGAAACUGGGAAAUCAAAUCCGAGCUUUUCAUGCAGGCGGGAGAAAACAUUUAAUGCAACACUCUUCAUUUUCACACCCAUCCAACAGCUUUCUUGGAUGAUAAGAUGGCAGAUAAACGGACAUUUGUCUUCAUGUCUGCACAUAUGAUGCUGCAGCUCACGAUUAUGUUGUUGCUGGUGGCUUUCUCUGAGUCAGAGGUAUGUGAUGGCAGCAGGGGCUUUUCUGGAAGACCAGGUAUUCCAGGAGUUCCUGGUACUGAUGGGAAGGAUGGUGCAAAAGGAGAAAAGGGAGAUCCAGGUGAGAGUGCAGUGCCGAUAAAUGGGCCAAAAGGAGAUCCCGGAAUUGCUGGACUCCCAGGCAGGCCUGGCGAGAAGGGAGACAAAGGACUACAAGGUCCGCUAGGGCCACCGGGGCCGAGGGGGGAGAGGGGAGAGAUUACUGAUGUUGAUACUUUAAAUCCGUAUUUUGUUUUCUCUCUGAAAAAAAGUUCUAGGCCACAGAGAGUUCAUCCAGACAGACUAGUCACCUUUGAAAUCCCACUGAUCACCGAGGCAGGUGCUGUCUUAGAUAGAGAAGGUUACUUUAAGGUGCAAAAAGCUGGCAUGUAUUACAUCAGCUACCACAUUUCAGCCAAUGGACUUGCUUGCCUAAAGAUUCGGGUAGAGGGGGAAGAGAAGGUCGGGUUCUGCGAUUCAGCCGGGACAAUUAUGGUAACUGCAGGAUCUGUGGUACUGCCACUCAAAACUGAUGAUAAAGUGUCUUUACAGACAACUGCAACAAGCUCUAUCUUUAGAGACACUGAUUGCACCUUUACAGGCUUCUUGCUCUUCCCAAUGGAUGGAUAAUACGAUUUUCUUUAGAAAUACUCUUAUAUUUACUCUUCCUUACAUUGUAACUUGCAACCAUUCCUUGGGAAUAUUACGUUGUUGUUGAUUAAAAAAAUAAAAA